GAUUUGUCUGCUGCAUCUGUACUGUAAACCCACGGUCUCGAACAGGCAAGUACCCUGCCGUCCUGCCAGCACCCACGCUCCUUCCCCGUGCUUUGCAUCCGGUGGGUAAGUCUCCCGUUGUGAUGCUCCCAACACAACCAUGCCAGUAUCACCUAGUAAUCCGAACCCAUGGCGACUUAUCUAUCCCGGAUCGUGUCCUGCGAAUGAAGAUGCCUGAAGCAGGCCGUCCGACACCGCCGGAUUCGGGCGGCGUCACCACGGCGAACGAUCAUGACGCCCGGUCAACUCAAUCGCCCAGUCAGGAUUCCAAAUCCGUGACUUCCUACGGGGCGUUGAAGCCACGCCAGAUGACCAUGGUUGGUUCGUCUCCCGUUGAUCUCCCUGUCGAGGAGGAGGUGGUACUGACUCCUCCCGAGCCAUUGGUGGAGCGAUCAAUACGGGCUUGACGAUCUGUGCGGGGAAUGCACUGUCUAAGUAAGAGCAUGCAUGAUCUUCUGAUGUUGGCCGCUGGAGUUAACCGUUGGAACAGGGCCGGGGUAAGUGUCCCAGACUGGCGGGUUACCUUCCUCUUUAACAACGCCGUUAGCCUGCAUCCAUCUUGAUAUCGUAUACAUGCGUGGGGGUCGUUGUGUAUCUGGUUCUCUGUGCCUUGGGCGAGGUGGCGUCGUGGUCUCCUGAGCCGUCGAUGACAGACCAUGCU